GUGAACGAAAAGGCAAGAACCACAGUCUAUCGUGCAAUCAUCGAAUGCCUCAUAAGGAACCGCGAAUGGUAUGAUGCUUACCCGUCGUCCGUCUACGAAUGGAAAGACUUAUUGAACCGGAAUCUUCCAUGGAGCUGGCGCCUUUUGGACAAAGAAAAAGAAUCAGAAAAGGAAGAGCCCGCUAGUAGCCAAGAGGCCGAGUUGGUUUUCAAGGAUGAACUUGGCUCCUACGUUAUGGUGAAUUUGUUAACGUUCGAUGGAAGGGAGUUGAGCUUGACGAAUGGGUAUGAUGCUCCUCAGUGGCUAGUGAUGAAACCGAUUUACUGCAUUGCAAUUGGCGUGACGAAAGAAGUGCGAGUAGCGUGUGACUCUUUCAUAAGCCAUGGUGCAAAUUAUGUGGAAUUUGUUCGUCAGAAGUUGCGUGGAAAGGCUGUGAUUGAUGUGGACCUAUUGCAAGAACGGAUAACAGUGGUUGGGGAGGAAGCUGAACUGGCGAGGAAGAAACUGCAGUAUUUCGCGGCCAAUAGGUGGGUUUCUGAAAUGUUGUGGUUCAUGUAG